GGCAACGUGGAAAUAAGAAUUGGAAAAGUUUACUGAAGAGUAGAUUACCACGCCAUGCCUGUCCACGGCCACGGUAUGCUUUUUAAAAAUGAGGAAAAUGUCUAGUAUCCGGAAGACCAUCCUAUUGCAGGUUCUACCCCACCGAAGACUUUGCACCUUCAGUUUCCUCCGGAAGACACACUCACUUCUCCAGAUGCGGCGGUCACUGGUCCUUGCAAGUCGACCAAGAUGUCUUCACAGUCUGCAUGAUGCCUCUCAUUGUAUGGAAAAGAGCAGUGUGUACUCUCCAAAACAAUCCUGUGGCAAGGUUUUCCAAUCAGAAGGUCCUUGCUUGAAACAUGGAUCCCUCCCCUCUAACAUAUCCAGCGGAUGCACCACCCAAUCCUCCAGACAUUUUUCAAGUCAUACAAACUGCCUGAAUGAAUCCCGGAAGGAAGGGACAGAAGAUAGAUCUAUUUCUGAAGCGGCUAAUCAACCUAAGAGAGAAGGGGAGCUGCUGAAACACACUAAUCUGCUAAGAAGUCCCAAGCAGAGGUUUGUUCUCACCUCCAGCCUAGCACAAACUGUCAGGGAGCGCAUCUGGCCUGGUGAUAGUCUUAAGGAAGAGACUGCUACUAUUAUUACAGCUAAUGAAGGUCCAGGAUUCAUGUCAAGGGAGUUGCUGGACAACGGUGCAGCUAGGGUCCUAGGCCUCUGCAGACAUGAACAAUUUUGUGGUACUCUAGAGAAUAUCAGAAUGGAAACACCUGAUUGCUUCCAGUGGCAGCAUGCAGAUAUCUAUCAGAUGCAGUACAUAGGGGACAGGGACAUCCGACCACCGGUUGCAAGGAUAGAGGAUGUCUUUCAAGACAUUGAGUCAACCGCAUGGGAAGAAGAUAUUGGCCUGAAGGUGGUUGGAGCCUUGCCCCAGGACGGUGAGAGGAAGCACGCCUACGUCCUGGCCAGUCUUAUCCUGGAGAGGCUCUCCAUGUUCAGCUAUGGUCGCGUCCAACUCAACCUCUUCAUGAGCAAGAACUGUUACAAUACAUUGAUCCAUCCCCCUGGGAACAUGAAGAGCUACCGAGCCCUUUCAGCCCUCUACCAAGUUUCCUCAGACAUUAAACUCCUACAUAAUGAACCUAUGAUGUCUUUCAAGCUACCUCGCAAAACUAAACCAAAGUCAACUGCUGCUGUGGCUGUAGAGAAGCAGCUGGAGGACCUAUGUCUGGUCCAGAUCACACCCAGGAGAGAUCUCUUCAGCAGGCAUCAGAUGGAGCAGUGGGAGGCAUUCAUCUUCGUCUUCUUCGUCAGGCAGGCCCUGGCAAGACGGAAGGAGAGGCUGGAAAAAGUCAUCGAAGCUUGGGCCCCUGGCAGUACGGACGUGAUAACCGAGUUAGGGUACAACAGGAAGACGGUGACGGGAGACGUAAGCGGAGACGACCUCCUGGCCAUCUUCUGUCGCAUCUGCAAGCUGGACAACUUCAACGGGGCGUGGAUGGGGGAGGAGGUGAUGGGUUGGGCCUCUGGAAGACACCAGGAUAUGAACACCCUGGAACUGAGUCAGGCUCUAGGCUCUGUGCAUCUGACGUGAUGUCUGGUACGGGCCUUGUCAGAGGGAUCCGCUGUAGUAUCCGAUGGAUGAGGCUUUGAGGCUUUGGGAUAGAGGCACAGCUUACAGUACAUUCGUUAAUGAUGCCGGAUAGGAAUUUAACUUGCCUCAGGACGAGGUUAACACUCUUGUUCCUUCACCUGACAACUCAACAUUAGUCAAGUUGACUCAGGCAUGGCUCAAUUUGUCAUUAACAUGUCAAAAUAGUCCUUGCUUGCCGACAAGUCUUGACACCAAUGCACCAGAGUUGGAAACAAAGCCAAUAUGAUUGUGUCUUUUGAUAAGAAUUUCACAAUCCAUUACCGGGUACCUAAUACCCUGCAUAGGACUUAUUCAUUGUGAUUUUCUUGCCCGUUGCAUUUUGGUUAAAACAGACAAUGAUAUGAAUCUAAGGUGACCCCCCCCCCCCCCCUUCCUAUGAUUUCUCAGAACUUUUAUAAGUUUGAGAAGUAAAAACUAGACUCAAGACUUUUUGUGGUAAGGUUGAAAAUAAUAUAUACCGGUAUCUGAAAAUGUCGCACAAACUCUCGUGAAGUUUUUGUGGACUCCCAACUCGUCUUGUUCUAAAGCAAGUUAGGCAUGACCUUUGAGAGGUCAUGUGGACUUUUGCCACAUGUACAUUCCUAUCAUGUGCUGUGAGAAUGAUAAUUCAGGAUGACGCCUUUAUUAAAGAUGAGUGAUGAAUAGUGUGGUUGAAAGAGGAUAUGGUCGGAAAGUUCUCUGGCAGCUCUUUGUUUUGGGCUUUCCAGGUCUUUUCAUACAGAAUGUAAAGGGUUCCAUCAUGUUUGGCUUUCCUAUUAGGCUAAAUGAGUAAAACCAAUCUUUAGCCAGCAUUUUGUACUCUUGACCAAUCGAAAAUGAUCUGAUUUUGGUAUAACACACAUUUUCCAUAGACUUCAGGUGGAAUUAUCUCUGGCUUAAAAUUCAACGGAUCAAUAGCAAGACAUUUAGAGGAGGCGCGAUAGCUCAGUUGGCAGAGCAUUGGUCUCGUAAUCGGGCGACCCGGGUUCGAAACUAACUGCCCCUUGGUAAGGCAUUAAUCACUAUUACCAGGUCUCUCAGAGAGGACCUAAUGCUGUCGGUCCUCUGGUUGCUUACUAACAAGCACUUAUGCUUUCUUAUCAGUUAAGUAAAAUAACCACCACUACACACGUUCAGUCUUAUGAAAUUAUGUAGAACUUUCAAUUAAAUGAUUUGUAGUUGAGAAUGAGAUUUUGAAACUCAAUUAACAAGUACUGGGGAAUGAUCAAAAUGAAUUGGAUGGGAGAAACGGUUUACCUAAUAGUAUUUAUUUUUCAUGCUGGUUAUUUGUCUUUGAAUAUUUAUUCAUAAAAUAAUACUUCAGAGUGGGUUGGUCUUCAUCUGAAACUUUAAGAAAGGUUUCUUCUUAAUGACAAAGGAGAAAAGUAGAAAUAAAAAGGAAGAAAAACAGUAAAAGAGGAAUAUCGAACAUGUGAUUUGAGAAAUGAUAACUAUUUACUGCAAUAAUGUAGCUGUUUACUUGUGUGCUAUGAAACGGACUUCCAUUCAGUUCUGACAAAUUUAUAGUCUUAUGCAUUUCAUUUUCUGCCAUAUAUUUCUCUAAGCCCUUCUAGUGAUACCUACAAGUUUGUGUCCUAGAAUUUAAUAAAGUUAUAAUUAAAUAGAUUGAAUAUUUUACCAGAAGUUGCAUAAGAAUUCUACUGAGUUCAGUAAUGGAGAAAAUGUACAUUAUAUUCCAAAUAUCUAUUCUGAAAUGUCAUAUUUACAAUUUAUGAAUAAAAAUUUUUUUUAUAGAUGUAUAUUAUCAUACACAUUUCAUCAUUAAAAACGUGCAAGUGUUAUUAAUAGA